AUGGUUAAAGAUACGAAAUAUUAUGAUAUUCUUGGUGUACAACCAAAUGCAACAGUUGAUGAAAUUAAAAAAGCCUAUCGUAAAUUAGCUUUGAAAUUACAUCCAGAUAAAAAUCCAGAUAAUGAUCCAGAACAAUUUAAACAAUUAUCACAAGCAUAUGAAGUUUUAUCUGAUGAAAAAAAACGUUCAUUAUAUGAUCAAGUUGGUGAACAAGGUAUGAAAGAAGGUGCUGGUGCCGGUGGAUUUCAUGGUUCAGAUCCAUUCGAUAUUUUCAACAUGUUUUUUGGUGGUGGUGGAAGUCCAUUCGGUUCUCGACAGGAACAUCGUGGAAAAAAUCUUGUUCAUCAAUUAGCAGUUUCAUUAGAAGAACUUUAUAAUGGAGCUGUUAGAAAAUUAGCUUUACAAAAAAAUGUUGUAUGUGAUAAAUGUGAAGGUCGUGGUGGGAAAAAAGGUGCCGUAUCAAAAUGUACAACAUGUAAUGGUAGUGGUUUUGUUGUUCGUGUUAAUCAGAUAGCACCGGGUAUGAUACAACAAAUUCGAUCACAUUGUUCAGAUUGUGAAGGUCAAGGAGAAAAAAUCAAUGCAAAAGAUAAAUGUAAAACAUGUGACGGAAAAAAAAUUGUUCGCGAAAGAAAAAUUAUUGAAGUUCAUAUUGAUAAAGGUAUGGAAGAUGGAAAGAAAAUUACAUUUAGUGGUGAAGGUGAUCAAGAACCAGGUCUUCAACCAGGUGAUAUUAUUGUUGUUUUGGACGAAAAAGAACAUACUACAUUUAAACGAGACAAAACCGAUUUACAUAUGAAAAUGCAAAUAACAUUAACUGAAUCAUUAUGUGGUUUUCAUAAAGUUAUUAAAACACUUGAUAAUCGACAAUUAGUUAUUACUUCAUUACCAGGUGAAAUUAUAAAACCUGGCGAUAUAAAAUGUGUUUUAAAUGAAGGCAUGCCGGUUUAUCGAAAUCCAUUAGAAAAAGGUCGUCUUGUACUUCAUUAUGAUGUGAAAUUUCCUGAUAAAAAUGAAUUACGCCCCGAAAGUAUCGCAAAAUUAGAAAAAUUUUUGCCACCACGUACACCAGUUCAAAUACCCAUGAAUGCCGAAGAAUGCGUUUUGGUUGAAUAUGAUCCACGUCAAUCUCAACGUUCGCAUAGACAUGAAAUGUAUGAUGACGAUUCAGGUCAUCAUGGUGGAGCAACACAAGUCAAUUGUGCAACACAUUAA